AUGGAGGCAAACCGGAAGCGCAGAGGAUUCGUUAAAGGGAAGUUGAUGCCAUUCCAUAGAUCAGCAACCAAGCCUUCCUCAACUGUGCAGUAUAUUUCGAGCAAGGUUAAGCUAAACCAGUCUUCUCCUUCAACUGCUGAUCCUCUAGGCUUCCUGGUGCACCAGGACUAUGUGGUUGCUCAGCCGAAACAGAAGGCCGUGUCCUUUAUAGUACCACCUGAUCAUAAUAACCGUGACUUGAUCGUCCUGAGCAAAUAUGAAAACCUCUAUGGUUCAUUGGCUGCAGAUGAGAGUGUAGAUACGAAGGCUGCAACUUAUAUAUCUUCUGUUCGAGAACGUUUCAAGCUUGAACGAAUGAACUCGGAAAGAAAGAAGUCCCAAGAUAUGCAGUUGAGCGCUUAG